AGAGGCUCUGUUUGCCUUUCAAAGAGAUAAAUUGCAGAAAGCACAUCAGUAUCGUGAACUGCGCGUUUGUCCCAGACACUUCGUCCACAACGCGUUUAGAAAGAUGCUCCGCAGUUUAAAGUUUUUGUGGAUUUGGAUAAUUAUUCCCCACACGUCCGCGUUGGAAUUUAAACACCACAGUACAAGGGAAUUGGAGUCGUUUUUACGAGAUAUCAGCACGAAGUACUCAUCAAUUACCCACCUUUACAGUAUUGGGACAUCUGUAACCGGUCUUAAUCUCUGGGUUCUGGCAAUUGGAAAAUAUCCAAAAGAACAUACUGUAGGCAUUCCAGAUGUGAAGUACAUUGCGAACAUUCAUGGUGAUGAGGUCGUGGGCAGAGAAAUACUGCUCCACUUGAUGGAACAUCUGGUUAAAAUGUAUAAUAAAGAUGCCACGAUAACCAAGCUAAUAAACAAUACUCGGAUUCACAUCAUGCCAUCCAUGAACCCAGAUGGAUUUGAAAUCACUCAACAUGAAAAACAAGACUGCUCUUUCUCCCGAGGCAGCAGAGAAGGUGACAUUGAGGUGGAGAGCAGCCAGAGUGGGACUCUUGGCGAGGUAGUAGCCUGGCCUGGGGCAGAGCCAAGGGCUGCUGGUUGCAGUAGGCCUGGAGGAGGGGCUCCUGUGUAUCGGCAUGGCAAUGGCAGCAGCUCCUGGUUGCGAAUGUUGGAUAUUACCCUGAAUAUUGGUCAGGAAAGCCCAGCCAGCAGACUGUCUUUCAGGACAGCUGUUACCGAUAGUCCCACUGGCCGUGCUGAAAAAGUGGUGAAACAACAUUUACAACUGCAGAAGACUAAAUUGUCAUUUGCCAUGGAUUCCUCUGGCUACAGCAGGUGUCCUGAUGAUGAUGUCUUUGUGUACCUUGCGAAGAAUUAUUCUUAUAGCCAUGGAUUCAUGUUUAAUGGAGACGAAUGUAUAAGCAGCCCAUAUUUCAAGGAUGGAAUUACCAAUGGAGCUCACUGGUAUUAUUUUUCAGGUGGAAUGCAAGACUUCAACUAUAUUUGGGGACAGUGCUUUGAGCUAACUGUAGAGCUUUCGUGUUGUAAAAAUCCACCAGCAUCUCAUUUGGAGGAAUAUUGGCAUGAGAAUCAAGAAUCCCUGAUUAACUUCCUCAAACUUGUUCAUCUUGGUAUAAAAGGGCAAGUCCUGAACAUGGAUGGUACUCCCAUAAAAAAUGCAAGAGUAGAGAUUCAUGGCAGACAAAACAAGUAUCCUUUUCGAACUAAUGAAUGGGGUGAAUAUUACAGACUCCUGUUACCCGGAUCAUAUACUGUGAAUGUUACCGGGCCAAAAGUUGAAUCAAAUGUUAAGAAGUUGCAAGUUUUGAAUAACCUGGAGAAUUUCUCUGCAAUGGUCUUUGACUUUCACAUGAACACUACUGCCAGAGACCCAUCAUCUUCUAAUUUUGCUACACAACAAGACUUUGGCACUGCAAACGGAAUACAGCAAAACAUAAUUUUGUUGCUCUCAAUUAUGAUGUUCUCAGUUUUAAUUUGUUAGAUAAUGGAGAGCGAUGUUCUGAUGCUAUAAGUAUAACCUAUAACCAAAUCCGGUUGCAAACAAAUCUGUUGAGACUUAGUGUGACAAUCAAACUAAAUCAGAACUGAUGACUUCUGAAUGUUUAUUUUAAAAUAGUGGUAAGAUCAACUUUAAUCUAAAAGAUUGAAGUUCUAGAAUUAUACAGUAUUGUCACACAUUUAGCAUGUUAGUUUUGGUAAAGGCCUUUUGAUCGCAUUGUGACAUCCUGAUACUGGGGGACUUCUCAGCUACCUUAACCCAAGUACCAGUACUACAAAAGAUAAAAAGAAGCAAUACUCAUAGCAAUUCCUAUAUGUAACUGAUUUGAGAGGUGUCACAAUGAGGAGCAUAAGAAAUGAGCAGGUGUUGGUCCUUCAGCCCUUUCAUCCAUGUGUUAUUCCAAAAUAUAUUUGAAAAAACUUUGGAAACUUUACCACUUAAUGUUUAAAGUCAUGGUUGAGGUGCUUUGUGAACUUGGGAAUGUUUAAUAUUUAAUAUUAGGCUGUUAUGUUAGAAAAGAAUUCAUUUUACCACUGAGCACCAACUUUAUUAAAGUUCUGAAGGGUUUACAUUGGUUUACACAGGAUUUACAUUGGUUUACACAGGGUUUACAUUGUGUUUACAUCACAAAAACAGCCCAUUUGGCACAAUCAUAAGAUGUCGGAGCAGAAAUAGGCCUUUCAGUCCAUUAAGUCUGCUCUGCCAUUCAAAGAGAUCAUGGCUGAUCUGAUAAUCCUCAACACCACUUUCCUGCCUUUUCCCUACAACCAUUGAUUCCCUUGCUGAUUAAAAAUCUAAAUCAGCUUUGAAUGCACUAAGGACCCAGCCUCUACAGCACUCUAUGGUAAAUAAUUCCACAGAUUCUCUAUCAUCUAAGAGAAUAAAUUACUAUCCUCUGUCUUCAAAGGGUAACCUUUAUUCUGAGAUUGUGCCUUAUAGAUAUUAAACUAACAUUUGCUGCGUUAGUGAAAAUUAAAUGAGAAGGAAAAAACAUAUGAAGCCUGAUGUUGACCUAAUGAUUAGAAAGGUCACUGUGUUUGCUGAAGGAAUGUGUGUGUUUAGAUUAAAUUCUGUACUGGGAGUGAACUGUCACAGUGACUCUGAAAGGCUUGUUUUGAAAUAGAGACAGCUAAAAAGAGGUAAGCACCUUUCUAAGGAGAAACCAGAAAAUCCUAAGGAGUUAAGCACAACAACACCUCUUCUUCCUCAGGAGACCAAGGAAAUUCAGCAUGUCCAUAAGGACCCUCACCAACUUAUACAGAUGCACCAUAGAAAGCAUACUAUCUGGAUGCAUCACAGCUUGAUAUGGCAACUGUUCUGCCCAGGACCGCAAGGAACUACAGAAAGUUGUGAACACAGCCCAGAUCAUCACACAAGCCAACCUUCCAUUGUUUGACUUCAUCUAUACUACUUGUUGCUGCGGAAAGACAGCCAAUAUCAUGAAAGACCCCUCCCACCCCCGUUAUAAUCUCUUCCAACCUCUUCUGUCAGGCAGAAGAUACAAAAGUUUAAACACAUGUACCAACAGGUUCAAGAACAGCUUUCUCCCUGCUGUUAUGAGACUUCUGAUUGGACCUCUCAAAUUUCAAAUCUAAUGUUGAUCUUGAUUUUUGUGCACCUUCUUUGCAGGCGUAACUUUGUAUUCCUCACUCUGUUCGAUCACCCUAUGAUCUUUCUGUCUUUGUAUGUUGAUCUGCUGUACUGCAUGCAAAUCAAAACUUUUCACUGUACCUGGGUACAUGUGACAAUAAUAAAUCAAAUCAAAUCAGUUGAUCAAACCAGCUAUGGAAAAAUGACAUAUCUGGGAUGUUUGCCAGUGGUCAAACUGAGCAGUGACCUGGAGUCUGGAUGGUGUCAAAGUUUGAAUGCACAGCCAAAUUUGUAAUGAAGAAGGAUAUAAGAAAGCUAACGCAAAAGAUCAUGUAAUCAGUCCUGGAGGUGGGGAUGGAGCAGGAUGAUCAUCUGUUCUUGGUCUGAUCCUCUGCUAAGUCCAUGUAAAUGUGAUUGUAAGCAUUGUAUGGGUAAGAGUGUUGGAGUAUUUUUGUAAUGUACUUUGCUUUAAUAAAGAAUAUUGUGUAGACCUCA